GAUAGCAUUUGAAGACCUGGCUGUGUUCUUUACUUGGGAGGAAUGGCAGAACAUGAACCAAGCUCAGAAAAUCCUGUACAGGGAUGUGAUGCUGGAGACCUACAGCAGCCUCUCCUCCGUGGGGCCCUGCAUGACCAAACCUGACUUGAUCUUCAAGUUGGAGCAAGGAGCAGAGCCCUGGAUGGGGGAAGAAUGCCUACAUCAGAGCCUUCCAGUUGCCAUGAAACUGGAUGAACUGAUUAAGACCAACCAGAAAAGUCUGGAGGAAAAUCUGAAUCAGGAUGUUAUGAAAAAUAAUAAGACAUUAACUUCCAAGGGAGUUGAAUUCAGAAAAACACUUAAUUUAAGUAUAAGCCAUAUUCCAAAACUGAGUAUCAAAAAGAGAAACUAUUCAGGAAUAAAACCUGAAGAAUGUAGUAUAUGUCAGAAUGUGUAUCCCCAUUGUGGGCCUGAUCAGCUACAAGCUGGAGAGAAGUUUGAUGCUACUACGGUACCUGGGAACACUCUCCAGUUCUGUGAGCCUCUUAAUCAACAGCACAAAAUUCAGACCAUGGAGCAGGCACUUGAACAAAUUGGACAAGGGAAAGUCUUCAAAAGGAAGAAUAUAUUCUAUGAAUCUGAGAAGCUUUUUAUGGUAGAAACCUGUAAUAAGCCAACUGCCACUAUUGGCAAGACAACUCAAAUACUACAAGAUUUCCAUAAAAAGUCUAACCUCAGUAUACAUCAACAAAGUCCCAAAAGAGAGAACGUUUAUAAGUAUAUUGGGCCUGUGGAACCUGUCAUUUACCAAUCACAUGUUAGAAUGAAUCAUAGACCAAAUAUAGAGAAGGAAUCCUAUGCAUGUAAAACUUGUGGGAAGUCAUUCACUAAUAAAUUCUGCCAUCCCCUCCAUCACAGCACUCAUAUAGUGGAAAACCCUCAUGUGUGUAAUGAUUGUGGAGAAACCACUCACCAGAAGUCAGGUGUCAUUAGACAUCAGAGAAUUCACACAGGGUUGAAAUCUUAUAAAUGUAAUGACUGUGGGAAGUUCUUUGACCAGAAGAAACACCUCAUAAAUCAUCAGAGAAUUCACACAGGGGAGAAACCUUAUGAAUGCAAUGACUGUGGAAAAACCUUUGGCCAGAAUUCAAACCUCAGAAAGCAUCAGAGAAUUCACACAGGGGAUAAGCCUUAUAAAUGCAGUGACUGCGGAAAAGCCUUUGGCCAGAAGUCACACCUCAUAAAUCAUCAGAGAAUUCACACAGGGGAGAAACCUUAUGAAUGCAAUGACUGUGGAAAAACCUUUGGCCGGAAGCCACACCUCAGAAAGCAUCAGAGAAGUCACAGAGGGGAUAAGCCUUAUGAAUGCAAUGACUGUGGAAAAGCCUUUAGCCAGAAAUCAACACUCACAAAUCAUCAGAGAAGUCACACAGGGGAGAAACCUUAUGAAUGCAGUGACUGUGGGAAAACCUUUGGCCAGAAGUCAAACCUCAUAAAUCAUCAGAGAAGUCACAGAGGGGAUAAGCCUUAUGAAUGCAAUGACUGUGGAAAAGCCUUUGGCCGGAAGCCACACCUCAUAAAUCAUCAGAGAAUUCAUACAGGGGAUAAGCCUUAUGAAUGCAAUGACUGUGGAAAAGCCUUUGGUCAGGUGUCACACCUCAGAAAGCAUCAGAGAAGUCACACAGGGGAUAAGCCUUAUGAAUGCAAUGACUGUGGAAAAGCCUUUGGCCACAAGUCACACCUCAGAAAGCAUCAGAGAAGUCACACAGGGGAGAAGCCUUAUGAAUGCAAUGACUGUGGAAAAACCUUUGGCCAGAAGUCAUACCUCGUACAUCAUCAGAGAAUUCACACAGGGGAGAAACCUUAUGAAUGCAAUGACUGUGGAAAAGCCUUUAGCCAGAAAUCAACACUCACAAAUCAUCAGAGAAGUCACACAGGGGAGAAACCUUAUGAAUGCAGUGACUGUGGGAAAACCUUUGGCCAGAAGUCACACCUCAUAAAUCAUCAGAGAAGUCACAGAGGGGAUAAGCCUUAUGAAUGCAAUGACUGUGGAAAAGCCUUUGGCCGGAAGCCACACCUCAUAAAUCAUCAGAGAAUUCAUACAGGGGAUAAGCCUUAUGAAUGCAAUGACUGUGAAAAAGCCUUUGGCCAGAAGCCACACCUCAUAAAUCAUCAGAGAAGUCACACAGGGGAUAAGCCUUAUGAAUGCAAUGACUGCGGAAAAGCCUUUGGCCAGAAGUCAUCCCUCAUAAAUCAUCAGAGAAUUCACACAGGGGAGAAACCUUAUGAAUGCAAUGACUGUGGAAAUGCCUUUAGCCAGAAAUCAACACUCACAAAUCAUCAGAGAAUUCACACAGGGGAUAAGCCUUAUGAAUGCAAUGACUGUGGAAAAACCUUUGGCCAGAAGUCACAACUCAAAAUGCAUCAGAGAAUUCACACCAUGGAGAAAGCUUAUAAAUGAAAUGACUGUGGAAAAGCCUUUGGUCCCAUCCUUGCAUACCGAGGAUAAAUCCCACUUGGUCUGGGUGGAUGAUCUUUCUGAUGCAUUGUUAGAUUAAAUUGGCCAGAAUUUUGUUGCGGAUCUUUGCAUGUAUGUUCAUCAGGGAAAUUGGUCUAUAAUUACUUUCUCUGUUGUAGUUUUUUCAGGUUUAGGAAUGAAGGUGAUGCUGGCUUCAUAGAAAGAAUUUGGGAGAAUCACCUCUCUCUCAAUUGUUUUGAAUAACUUCAGAAGAAUUGAAGUUAGUUCUUCUUUAAAUGUCUGUCAGAAUUCAACAGUGAAGCCAUCCAAUCCUGGGAUUUUCUUUGUGGCAAGGGUCUUUAUUACUGAUAUCAUUUCCAUCUGGUUGUGGGUGUGUUUAGUUUUCCUAUAUCUGUGUUGCUCAAUUUACGUAGGUUUUAUGGAUGUCAGGAUGGUGGAAAGCCUUUUUGCUGUAAUUCAUAACUCAUAAGAUAUCAGAGAAUUCACACAGGGAAUUUUCUAUAUGACCUUUUUGUACAAGUUAUAUCUCAUGAAAUAUUAGAGAAUUCACCAAGGGGAGAAAUGCAUGAAUGUAAUAAAUGUGAAUAAGCCUUUGUGGUGCAAAUCAGACCUCAUCAAACAUAAAAGAAUUCUCAUGGGGAGAAAUUUUAUGAAUGUAAUGACUCAGAGCCUUUUACCAUAAUUCAGCCCUCACUGUACAUCAUCAAAUUCAUAUAGGGAAAAACCCCUUUGAAAGUAAAAUCCCUUUAAUUAGAAGCCAUACCUCAUAAGACAACAGGGAAUUCACAUGGGAGAGAAACAUUAUGGGUGUAAUGAGUGUUGGAAAGCUCCUUAUAUCAGAAUGCACAACAUAUAUAUCUAAUGAAUGAAAUACAUGUGAGAAAGCCAUUUCACAUAAGUAAUGCCUCAUAAUCCAUCAUGGAGCUUGAACAAGGGAGAGACCUUAACAAUAUAAUGAAGGUGGAAGAGCUUUUCCCCAAAAUUCAUGUAAGUAUUGUGACAAAACCUUUUGCUGGAAAUCACAUCCUAUCUAACAGACUCAUGUAAGUGAGAAAGCUUAUAAAUAUUAUUAGUGUGAAAAUAUUGUCAGAAGUCAAUGGUACAUCAGAGAAUUGACACAGGUGGUUUCUUAGGAGUAUAAUGAUUGUGUAAAAACAUUUUCUUUAUUUCAGGCUUGUAUAGAUAUAGAAUUCACAAAAGGUAAUAUUCUUUGCAUGCUGUGAAUUUGAUAAAACUGUUAGCCAGAAAUUAGACAUCAACAGACUUCAGAGGAUUCAUAAGGAACAAAAUUCCAUGCAAUGACUUUGGAAAAAGUAUUUCUGCUAUAAAUCAGUCUUCAAUUCCCAUGAACAGACUCACAAAUGAGAAAACAUGCAUGCAUAGAAAAGUUUUGUACCAUAAAUUAUCUCUAGAUGAUAAACUAAUAAUUCACACAAAAGAAAAAUCAUGAGUGUAAUGAAUUGGGAAACCCUUUGCUGUAAGGCAGAUUUCAGGAAGCUUAGCAAGAUUACAGAAAAGUCUCUGAAAAUGUAACAUGUCUGAAAGAAUUGUUGGCAUCACAGAGUGGAGGAUAGCUCAAGUGCAUGUGUUUUUGUGACCUGUCAUCCAAAUUGGUAUCUCUUUUUCUUUGAUGAAUUCCUUGUUUAUUUAUUUAACAGAUUUAAAGACAAAGUAUUCCUGUCCAUUGAUUUACUAUCAUAUGCCCACAAUUGCCAUGGUAAGGUCUAUGGCAAAAUCUGAGUGCUGAGGGCUGUGAAUCUGAUUCAUCACGGAUAAUGCUGAAGACAUUGGUUCCUGGUUUUUACACCGCUAUGCAUGGAAAUGUUUUUCUAAUUUCUUUUUCAAAGAGUUCAUUGUUAAUAUAAAGAAAUGCUUCUGAUUUUUAAAAUUUUAUUUAAAUAAUUUGUGAUCAGUGUGUACUAGUCAGACAUUUUUACAGGGUGUAGUGCAGUAUUUGUACACAUUUACACAGUAGAAACUGAUCAAGCUAAGCAACUACAGUUUUAUCAAUUUGUUUAAAGAUUUAUUUAUUUGAAAGACAGAGUUACAGAGAGAAGUAGCAGCAGAGAGAGGGAGAGGUCUUCCUCUGCUGGUUCACUCCCCAGAUGGCUGCAAUGGCCAGAGCUGUGCCAAUCUGAUGCCAGGAACCAGGAGCUUCUUCCAGAUCUCCCACUUGGGUUCAGGGACCCAAGGACUUGGGCCAUCUUCUACUGCUUUCCCAGGCCAUAGCAGAGAGUUGGAUUGGAAGAGGAGCAGCCGGGACUAGAACUGGUGCCCACAUGGGAUGCUGGUGCUUCAGGCCAGGGUGUUAGCCCACUGUGCCACAAUGCUGGCCCCCAAGCAACUACAGUUUAAUUCUUCUCCAUGAUUUGAGACUACCAGCUCCUCUCUUCCAGUUCUUUACACAGAACCUAAUAUGGUUGAAUGUAGUCAUCUCAUUAUAUUAUGGAACACCAGAAGUUCCUUCUGCCUCUUUGUAUUUUGUUACCUAUUAUCCAAUCCCCUUCUAUCCCUAGCUGCUUCCCUUCUCAGCCUCUAAUAAUCACAGUUCUGUGUUCAGAUCCAUUAUUUUCUUUCACUUCCACAUGUGACAAGGACUAUGUGACAUUUAUGUUCCUGUUUCUGGCUUAUUUCAAUUAAUUUAAUAAUAUUUUGUUCUUUUUUGUAUCUAAAUGAUAUUCCCCUGUCCAUUUUUUUCAUUGAUGGACAGCUAGAUUGGUUUCAAAUCAUGGCUGCAGUGAACUGUGUUAUGGGAAAAUUGCUGUAUCUUUGAUAUACUCUUCUCAUUUCCUUCUAAUAAAAUUUCCUUCUUAUAUAUAGCCAAGAGCAAGAUAACUGUCAAACAGUACGUCAAUUUUUAUCUUUAUUUUAAAUUUUUGUUAUUUAUUUAAAAGAGUUACAGACAGAGGUAGAGACACAGAGAGGUCCUCCAUUAGCUGGUUCACUCUACAGAUGACUACAAAGGCUGGAGCUGUGCCAUUCUGAAGCCUGGAAACAGGAGCUUCCUCUGGGUCUCCCACGUGGGUGGAUGGGCCCAAGGACUUGGGCCAUCUUCUUCUGCUAUCCCAGGACAUAGCAGAGAGCUGGAUUGGAAGAAGAGCAGCUGGAACUAGAACUGGCACCCAAAUGG